CAAUGCAGCGCUGUGAUAAUCUACUGUAACGUUUAAGCGAUCCCUACAACAAUGAGUAGAAAAUGUAACAAUGGCGGCAAGCUUGACGUGCUUUUGUAGAGAGCAUCAUCUAUUGCUUUGCUUUGCGUUUUAAUUGAAGAUUGAAAUGUACAUGGAAGACUUGCCACGCCCAUUUACCUUUUAGGAUACCUUCUCAACACAUCUGAAUGUUGGAACUUUUUGCCUUCUCAUACGCUGGGAAUCCGCGGAGAAUCAACAUUUCAGCCAUUUGAUCGAAUUUUGCUGGACACUUUCGAAGUGACAACAAACACAAGAGAUGAAGCUGCACCAGGGACCGGUGGACACGUGGUCGACGAGGGAGAAGCUGGCUCUGGCCUGCUCUGUCAUGAAGAGUGGGGACCAGAACUGGGUGUCAGUAAGCAGGGCUAUCAAGCCAUAUGUGGAAACCCAGCGACCAGCAAACUGGUUCUCCCAGAAGAACUGUGCCUUGCAGUACUCCGAUCUCCUGGAGAAGGUGGAGACACCCAAACGGAAGCGGGGCGAUGGAGGAGAGACUGACACACCUGCAGACCAAAUCUUCCGUAAGCUGAUGACAGAGAGAAUUGAGGAACUUCGUAAGAUCGCCUUGGGGGAACAGCAGAGAUACAAAAAAUUGAAGAAAGAUGUGGAGUGUAUCAAGUCCGGACAAUAUGAUGACCGCCUGACGGAGAUGUGGGAACAGAUGCAGGUAGAGAAGGCCGCAGAGGAUGCCACAAAGGAGGCAGAGAAGAAAGCAAUGGAGGAUGCCCGGGCUCAGGCCCAAGCCCAGCAGUGCAAGCGUGUGUUGGGCCCCAAGCGUCCAUCUGUCACGUCACAGAGCAGUAUGUCAGAACAGGAAGACACGCAGGAGUCUUACCCAGAAUUCCCUCUGCUUGAGGUUCCAAAGAUGAGUGAUGACGACCCACCUCUACAUCUGUCCACAACACCGUUGGGGGUGUCAGCACAACAGCCUGAACCUCGUACUAAGGCUGUUCCUCCAACCUCCCCACUUCUGUCAUCUCUAUUACAGAGUAAACUGAAGUCUGCCAACAGCCUGCAACAGCUGAAGAAUGAGGCUGAGCAGGCCGAGGCUCUCACACAGGCCCAGCAGGUCCAGCAGCUGGCACUACAGCUGCAGCAGUCGGCUGAAUCAGCUGUGAGCCAGGCGAGGGAGGCAGCUGUCAAUCAAGCCAGGGAAGCACAGCAGCAACUCCAGCAACAACAGCAACUCCAGCAACAACUGAAAAUCGCAGCUAGUGUUGUGCAGAAUAUCCCCCUCACAGAAUCCCUGCCAACGUCCCCAUCAUGUGCUGCCCCGACACUGUCCAAGCUGUUGUUCACAAGGGCACAGCCAAAGCUAGUGUCUGACACCACCCUGUCGUCCCACACCGUCCCCAGCGCCCCCCUCAUCACCGUGACCGAAGUACCAUCGCCCCUUGAUAUCCUAGAGUCUGGUGAACCCAAGUCCACGGAACCCCUGGAUCAAGACUCGGCUGAUGAGAGUGUCAAUGUGGAUGUGACGGCAGUCGAGGUCAGCUCCAAUGAUGGUGAUCCACAAGAAGGGUCAGCUGACCAGUCAUGUGACCCCUCAUGUGACGGUGGAGAUGGGAAGGAUGAUGUGGCAGAGGAUGAUGGGACGGCUGAUGAGAUGGCCCAGGCGGACUAUACUCCACAACACCGACCUGAGCAUAAGGGUGGUGGCAAGCAGGUGACCGCAAGUCAGUUGCAAGAAGACGAUGACUCCAGCGAGAUUGCAAGCAGCAGUUUUGUGUGUGUGGAUGAGGAGGUUUCAAUCAAGGAAGACCCAGCAUCACCAGCCAGCUCUGUGUCCUCCAAGGUCAGCGAGAGUGGCGGCAAGUCAUUCAAACCCCGCAGGAGGAAAGGUCGCGGAAGUCGAGGGGGUCAUCGAGGGAGGCCUUCACGACGAUCUGUGCAGGAAGACGACAGGAAGGAUGACACCAGCUCCAAGCACAGUGAUGUUGAUCUGUCUGAUGACGAGAUGCGAGAGAGUGACGACCCUGUGCCUACCAGCGGCUCCAUCUUCUCCGAAUCCAUUCCAAAUAGUCCUGCCUCCUUGUCCAUGUGCAGUGACACAGAGGACGAGAAGGCCUUCAAGACAUGGAAGAAAUCCAUUAUGUUGGUGUGGCGAUCGGCGGCCAACCACAAAUAUGCCAAUGUAUUCCUUCACCCUGUCACCAAUGAAAUAGCCCCAGGCUACAAGGGAAUAGUGCACAGGCCAAUGGACCUUGGAACCAUCAAGAAGAAUAUUGAAACAGGAGUGCUGAGGACCACACCAGAGUUCCAGCGAGAUAUGAUGUUGAUGUUUACAAACGCCAUCAUGUACAACAGCACGGACCAGCCUGUUUUCAAGAUGGCCACGGAGAUGUACAAUGAUGUCAUGCAACACAUUGAGCAAUAUGUCAGUACCCAGUUGAUGGUACAGAGCAAUGAGACGAAGAUGCUGCGCCAGUCUCGCCGGGGAGAACUCCAGGAGAAGGAGGAGGAGGGAAAGAAAAGGAGAACAUCCUCCGAGCAGCCUCCAGAGGGUGGCAAGACAAAGAAGCGCAAAACUCGGGCAGACGACACCUGACUAUAAGGACACAACUUUGUACUUGAUCUGUUGUACAUGUUGCUGGUUAGCACGGAGUUAUCUCCCUUCAACACAGAUUCAAACUAGCCUUCACAUUGUCUAUGCUGCUUAUGUUGGAACAAUCAGCCAUUUCCACUUCUGUCAGUGAGGUGUGUAAGAAGUCGUCUUAUACACUACAGUAUGCUGCCUAAGCAUUCACCAGAUACAUGGGUGGAGCAUCAUGUGCUGCCUGUAUUGGAACGUUUGUGUCCCUCUGACCACCUGGCAGUGUUGCAAACAUGGUGUUGGUAUGUACAUGUAUGAAUGUAGAUGUCCUGUUGUCAGUAUCAAGCUUCUUGUAGAAUAAAUGUCCAUCAAAUG